GGCUGCUAUUACAACUACAGUAUCGUGUUCAAAUAGGAUAUUCAAAACUAAGUGUCAACCUGACAUCUCACGUAAUAUUGGUUUUAUUUACAUUUUCUGAGUGCAUAAGUGCUAAUGGAUCAAUCCGGUUUCUGUUUCUAUAAAAGAUAGUGAAGCCUGAACGAAAGCCAAACCUAUGUAAAAUAUAUUUCAUCUUCGGAGGAAAGAAAAUUUGUUUUGUUUCAAAAAAGGAUUAGAAUUGACAAAGACAAUUUAUAGAAAAUAUAUAGUAUGUCUGUUAGAGCAAGUGGACUGGUACAACCUAGUUUUGUAAAGAUGUCACAAAAAGAAGAAGAAGAACAACAAAAACAACUACGACGACGACAAGAAGAAGAAGAAGAAGAAAGACGGAAACAAGAAGAAGAAGACGAAGAAGAAGAGGAUGCUUAUUAUUUUGAAGAAGAAGAACGACGACGACAAGAAGAAGAAGAAGAAGAACAACAGCGACGACGACAAGAAGAAGAAGAAGAAGAACGACGACAAGAGGAAGAAGCAGAAGAAGAAGACGAAGCACAAGGUUGUAAUAUUAUGUAAUAGAUGAAUAUGAUGAAGAUAAGGAUGUGAAAUAUAUACUGAUUACAGUACGUGCACAACAAACAUGAAUAUACUAAUCAUAGUUAAUGAUCGUUGUGACACAUUUAACAUUUAACUUGUUUGGGGUACAACAAUCAACAAAAGAAAGAAAUGCAAAGAUUUCAUAAGAUUCAAUCAUUUGUUGAAGUAAUAAAAAUGUUACAAUAAC